AUGGCUGUGAUUUUAUCCAAGAAAGCUGAAUUUUGCUCAGAUUGUACGGUUGAGUUCUGGGCGUGUUGCGGUGUAGUUUAUGCUGCCGCUUGGAGGUUUCAAGUGCCCCUUCCUGAGAAUCCGCCAUGGUGGAAGGCAUUUGAUGCUGAGAAAUCAGGGAUUGACGAAGUUUGUAGGGUGCUGGCUCAUCUGUACAGCCUUCCUAAAGCAAAGUACGUACCAGUCUGUAAGGAUGGAGAUUCUUUUACAUUUUCUAACAAGUCAUGUAAUUCACAGCCUCGGCCAAUUCCAAAGGCUGCAGCAGAAGUCAAUCCUGAAUCUGGUGGAUCAAAGGGUGUGUUGGCCAAGCUAGCCAUUGAUAAGCUGAAGGACUCUAAAGAGAGUGAUGAAAGUAUGCCUAUCGAGGGAGAGGCAAUAGAAGAUUUCAGUAUCAAAUCCAAGUCUGAACGCAAAAUGGAAUCUAGUGGCAAUAAAAGCAGGGACAGGGACAGGGACAGGGAGAGAGAUAAGGAGAGGGAAAGGGAGAGAGACAGAGACAGAGACAGAGACAGGGAUAGAAUGAAAGUCCGGGGGGCAGGGAUUCUGACCGGGAAUGAGAUCGAGAAGAGGCUGAGAGGGACAGAACCAAGGACCGAGGUUAUCGUUCAAAGGAUAGAGCAAAAGAUUCAGGUUGGUUAUGGGUUUUAUACCUCCCCCCCCUCCCCCCAACGUUGUCAAAAUUGGAUUUAUGAACUUGCGUCAUAUCAAAUUUUCUCAAUCUUCAAUUUCUAUGUUGAAUGCACAAUAUUCUGCAGGGGGCAUUUGGAGAAAUCAAGACAUCAGUCGUCCCGAGGUAUGCUUAUUCAAGAAUAG